AUGAAAAUGUUGAAGGUUUAUGGUAAACCUGUGGAAAAAAAAGUGUCACGAACAUACUCUUUAGUAGAAAAUUCAAACAGAGAAGGACGGAUAAAAAAGAAUAGUAAUGACGACGAAUUGCUGGAAAUGAGUUUUAAAGAGUGCCUGAAAAUGAAAACAUUUGUAGAGAUUAUGGCGUGCCUUGCAACCAGUGAAGUGCAAAACUUUCAGAACCGUGACGAUUCUAAAACAAAAGAAAAAAAUACUCAAAUUAAAAUUUUAACUUUAAGCAACGAAAUUGAACUUCUGAAGCAGUCUGUGACAGAUAUAAAGAAGCUUUUGGAAUGGCUAAUCAGUGAUGAAGACAACGAUGACCCAGGAGCUGGGACCACAAAAACACCCGAUUUUGAAAGAAAGACUGUGUACGAAAGCUCUACCGCUGACAGCGGUGGAGAAACUGGUGCAGUUAAGAACGACACUUCUGAAGCGCCAUAUAGUCGCAAAAGUAACAGCAGUUCUAAAGUUGAGCGAAGCCCCUACCAGUAUCACAACGGAGUUGCUGGAACGCAAACCAAACACAGUGCCCAGUAUUCGACAAAAUACAUUACCUCUAGGCCCUAUCGUCAGCCUUUAAGCCAAGAAAUUCGAAGAGACAAAAAACUGGUACAACCUUUCGUAGAGGAGAAUUUGAAGAAAUUGCCGUUUAAAAGUUGA